AUGUCUUCAUAUCCCCAAGCAACCGAAACCAGAAAACAAGAAUUGGCCGAAAAUUACAAACUCAUCAAUGAUCAAGUCCAAUCCCUCAAUCCGAAAUGUAAUCUUGUCGCCGUAUCCAAAUUAAAACCUUCUUCAGAUAUAAUGGCCCUCUACGAUAUUGGUGUCCGUCAUUUCGGGGAAAACUAUACCCAAGAAUUAAUAGCCAAAGCUGCGGAAUUGCCAAAGGAUAUUAAAUGGCAUUUCAUUGGUGGAUUACAAUCUGGAAAAGCUAAGGAUUUAGCUAAGCUGGUUGAGAGUUUAUACGCUGUUGAAACAAUUGAUUCAUUGAAGAAAUGUAAACAAUUGGAUAAUACUAGAGAAAGAUUAGGUGGUGAUGUUGUGAAUGUUUUUCUUCAAAUUAAUACUUCAGGUGAAGAUCAAAAAUCGGGAUAUAGUUCAAGCGCAUUGGAUGAUGUUGAAGAAACUGUACGAUACUUGGUUUCCGAUGAAUGUAAGAAAUUGAAUCUUUUGGGAUUGAUGACAAUUGGAUCAUUUUUGGAAUCGACUUCUGAAAAUGGUGAAAAUCAAGAUUUCUCCAAGUUGGUGGAAGUUAAAAAGAUCCUUGAUGAGAAAUACAAUUUGGAUCUUGAAUUGAGUAUGGGAAUGAGUAAUGAUUUUGCUCAAGCCAUUAAACAAGGAAGUACAAGUGUUAGAGUAGGUAGUUCUAUCUUUGGAGCUAGACCUCCAAGAACGGCCGCAUAG